AUGGAUCAACAGCAGUCUAAGUUGGUUGAACAGUACCAGGAGGCCAAGCUUCAGAAACAGUUGGAUCAGGACGAUGAAGAAGUCAAUAGUGACGAUGAUGAACUAUUAGAAUUAUUGGAACAGGAUGAUACCUUGGCAAAAUAUAGAGAUGAAAGAAUACAAGAGUUGAAAAAAGAAUUCAAUCGCAUUGAUAAUGCCACUGCUGGAGAACAAUAUGGAAAUAUGAUUACAAUUGAAGAUGAAAAACAGUUAAUGGAAACUGUCACUUCAAAUGAAUACACCCUUGUUCACUUCUAUCAACCAGAAUUUGAUAAAUGUAAAAAAAUGAAUGAUAAAUUGAGUAUAAUAGCCGAAAAACAUUUGGCACUUAAAGUAAUAAUUAUUAAAGCCAAAGAUGCUCCAUUUCUUGUAACAAAAUUAGGGAUAAAAAUCUUACCGUUUGUGGUGAUUUAUAAAAACGGUAAAGAAUUAGAUAGACUUGUUGGUUUUGAAAAAUUAGGAAAUGAUCCUAAUAAUUUUAAUAUAGAAGAUUUAGAAAACUUUCUUCUUUUGAGAAACGUCAUCAAUAGAAGAACCAUUAAUUAUGGUUCUAUCAGGGGAUCAAUUAAACCGGUUGAUCAAGAUUCUGACGAUGAUUUAGAU